AUGAAUGGAAUCCAGGUCUUUAGAAGGCUAAUGACAGGCUAUGUUUCAGGCAUCAUCUUGUUGUUGAAGUUCGACUUUAAGCGAGACACGUUGCAAAGCACGUCCAGAGUUGUCAAGAUCGAGUCGCGGACACCCUUGUCGAACAACCAGUGGCAUCGAGUGACGUUAGAGCACAUAUCUAGAGAAAUAAUGGUUACUCUAGACGAUAUUCGGAACGUUUACUCCCUUUCCGUCAACGAAGAGCUGAACAUACUGACGUUCGAUGAACGGGUGACGAUCGGAGGAACGCUGACUGAACCGCAAACGGCAUACAUUGGUUGCCUGCGGCAAUUCUAUCUGGACGGUCGGAGGGUGAAACUGCGACGAUUGGUUGAAAGUGCGAAAAAUCCUGGGAUUGUCGUCGGCUGUCAGGAUCACUGUUCCAGUAGUCCUUGUGAACACGGUGGCAUAUGCAUCGAGAACUACGAGACUACCGACUUUUACUGUGUGUGCAAGCAGCCGAUGAUCUACUAUGGGCCAAGAUGCGAGAUCGGUUGCGUAAUUUUAGUCUUUUACAACGUUGAAACCUUGUUGUUUUGGCGAGUUCUUGAAUGA